AUGGAACACCUUAACAAAGCUCUGCUAAAGGCACUGCAGCUGCGCAAUAUUGAAAAUGAAGGUUCAUUAUCAUCUAACCUGAACACGCCCUUGUUCUUUACUGCUUUAAUGAUCACUAUUGGGUUAUAUUUUACCACUAAAUCUUAUGUUUUUGAAGGUGCCUUUGAAAUUUGCAAUAGGGACAGCUAUUUUUAUACUGCAAUUGUUAUAGUGGUCACCAUUUACUUGGUGCUGUCUCCCUUAGUCUAUGUGACCUGGAAUAAAGACAGUAGAAGGGAGAGGGAGGGA